AUGUGCUCAGGAUACGCGAAGAGGUCACAGAUCCUGAAGGCCAGUGCGUUGGCUUUCUGUCCUGGCGGGGGGGGGUGGGGGGGGCGGGGGGGGGGGGGGGGGGGGGAGGGGGCGGGGGAGUGGGGGGGGGGGGGGGGGGGGGAGGGGGGGUGGGGGGGGGGGGGGGGGUGGGGGGGGGGGGGGGGGGGGGGGGGGUGGGGGCGGAGGGGGGGGGGGGGUGGGGGGGGGGGGGGGGGUGGGGAUUGGGGUUAG